CAAAAUAAAUAAACUUCACUUCUUUCGAUUUUUUGUUUUUGUUCUUUAAGCUAUAUAUAUAUUUCUUUUCUUCACAAGACAACCUCUCCCACUUGUCUCAUUACUUUCGAAACCAUUCCCCACAACCUACACUCUGACUAAACCAUUAAUGCCACAUAAAUAACUCAAAGAUUUACAGCUCCAUUUCUAAAUUAUAAAAUUCAAUUAAAUAAAUAAAAUAAAAUAACAAAAUAUAUUCAUUUGAACCCACCACAACCGAAGCCAAGAAUUUAGAAACCGAACUCUCUCUCCCUCCUUCCCUCCCUCGCCCAAAACCAAAAAGAAAAAGAAAACCACAGAGAAAACAUGGGAAAAAAAAUGAAGCUUCCCAUUCUCUCUAACCAAACAACAGAGCCUAAAUCUACAACAUGGCCAUGGCCUUCUUGUGCUCAAACCAGAACCCUCUCUUUCCGAACUGCUCCAAACAACAACGUCUUCAAAACAAUCAACUCCGCAUUCAUAGACUCAACCACGACUACUACUACUACUGAGCCUCCUCUCGCACUUGAGUACUCAUUGUACACCAACUCAUCAUCGUCCGAGUCAGCAAGCUUCUCCACAAACUCCGACGAUCCUCCAUCUUCAGGCGCCGGAGCCGGCGACCCAGUUGAGGCAGUGAUUCAAGGGCUAAGGUCAACGGAAAGACGGUUGUUCUUCGAGCCUGGGGAUGCCAGUACUGCCUCUAUACUUACAAAAGCUAAUAAAAAAGAAGAGGAAGAAGAAGAGAAAUUACUACUUGUCCUUGAGGAUAAUAAUAGUAUUAAGAAGGUGAUUCCGUACAAGGAGAGUGUGGCCUUAUCAAUGGAGUCUAGGAACCCUUAUUUGGAUUUUAAGAAAUCUAUGGAGGAGAUGGUCGAGGCCCAUGGUCUCAAGGGUUGGGAAAGCCUUGAAGAGCUUCUGAGUUGGUAUUUGAAGAUGAAUGGGAAAGACAAUCAUGGAUUUAUUGUUGGAGCUUUUGUUGAUUUAUUGGUAGGUAUUGCCUUUAGUAGUAGUAGUAGUAGCACUAAUAAUAAUAUUGAUAAUAAGUCUUCUUCUUCAUCUACUUCUUCAAAUUGUAAUUGUUCUAAUAAUUGCGACUCUCCUUACUCUCCUUUAUCAUUUUGUAACACUUCUUCUUCUUCUUCUUGCUCAUCUUCUUUAAGUAGUAGUAGUACUCCUUGUGUAUCUUCGAUAGAAGUAGGGGAAUUAGAGAUCGAAAGUACUCCUUGUUUGGCUUCAUUGUUAGAAAUCGAGGAGGAAAAGAAUGUAGAAGAAGAUGAUGAUGGUAUUUCAUCUUAGAUAUAUAUAUAUUAUUAAUUAUAUGCUUUUUUUUUUA